CUUAAUCCUUUACAUUUCACCUUUUAACACCUUGACUAGUAAGUGACUAUUUUUCGUAUAACUCCAUGCUUAUUGAUUUUGACGCUGAAUUUUUUUCAUAUUAAACAUCGGGUCGAUAGUUUACUUUAAAUUUUGUGAUAAUUUUGAAGCAAACAACAAAUUCUUACAUAUUGGAAAGUGGCUGUUCACCGUACAUUAAUCGGGUCGUAUCUUCGUUCAGUUUUUUAUAAUAUUUAAUCUAUAGAUGGACAGUUAAAUUGUAAAUGUAAAGAUUCGUGUUUUCCAACUCAAAGAGGAUUAAUAUCAGCUCAGACUGCAUAAAUAUAAAUACAUCACAUUAACCAGAAACUAUGAGUAGUUCACAGUCUUGGUGCGCACAGUGCAAGAAACAUACUUCCAGAAUACCUAACUGUCACUCUUUGCAAGAUCGCAAUUUUCGUGAACCUCAAUCACCUUCUCCGAAAAAGGCUUCAACCAGUGGCCAAUCAAGUCUAAACUCACCGAUAAAGCUGACUAAAAGCAUUGACAUCUUAAAGCCGCCGAGUGGAAAAAUAGACGUCUUCUCAACUUUCUCUUCAAAUGAAAGUGAAAUACUUCAAAAUUUUAACCAUCCCAAAGUAGCUGUGAAAGUUCGUGGUGAAGAGUUUUCGCUGGCAAGUCAACUUUUCCCUAUGUCACCUUGUACAUUAAUGAGGAGUAAAUGGGCUGAAAAAAUGGGCUUAAUAGCUUAUCCUAUCAUCGAUGUAGAGUUUUCCAGGAAAAACUAUCCACUGGAUUGUAAUGUCUGCGUACCAAUCAAGUUUUAUUACCGAAACAAAUUUGUAUUUGUGCCUGUUUUCAUAGAUCCGAGUUUAUCGAUCGACCUUCUUUUAGGCAUGGAUCUGCUGAGUUAUGUUGAAGGUGUAAGCAGCGUUACAGACUUCUAUGCGAAAAACAUGCCAUUAGGAGAUAAGGAAAAUUUCGGUUUUGAAAUAGAGAGAGCAACAAGAACUGAAAUCGAUCGAUUCUUUUAUUCAUGUUAUAACGAAAGAUACGAUCAAAGUAAACUUGCUUUAUAUAAAACAGCCUCGCACAGAGACAUUUUGCAAAAAUUAACGUAUGAACAACAAUUACUUGCCGUAAUCGAAAGAUUGGAAGAGCUACAAAAAAAAAUUUCGUCCUCAAGCUCAACUCCAAGUUCAAGUUCCUAAUGGAAAGACAUAAUUGGGACAAUACAAGUAGACAACAGACUGAUUUUUAUUCAACACAUUAGUUUGACUUCGCAUGCUGACCUAAAGGAAAUUUUACUUAAGAUUAUCUAAAUUUCUGAUUUUUAAUAAACUCUUUUCAUCUUAUAGCAUAAUACAUUAAAGUCAACAGAUUUACAUUUCAA